UGUAACUGCAUCAGUUAUUUCAGUGCUCCCAGGGCACCACGUUCCCCUGCUCGGGACGCACACCAGGACGGGCAGCACCACAGGAGCCAGCGGGCCCAGGGUCAGCCUCAGAGAGCACAGUGACAGCAGGAAGCAGGGAGCCAACAGGCAGCCCAGCCGUUUUAGCUGAAAUACUUAGUUACAGGCUUCACAUUUCACUUUCAUCCUACUUUUGGAUGAGAGAAUCUGUUCAAAGCACAACAUUAAAGACGUCUAAACGCAGUCAAAUUAAUAACUGACAUGAUAAUCUUGAUUAGCAGGUAUUUGCAUCUACCCAGCACCAGAGUUUUCAGCCUCGCGUUCAGUCUGCGCUCACCGCACAGACAAGCAGUCCUAGCUGGGAGGCACCGGCACGGCGGCACAGGUGGCAGCGCACAGCGCGCACUGCCCGGGGCAGACAGCAGCCCACCCCUGGGUGAAUCACAGCUGCGUCCCAGGCCUGGGCUGCUCCGGAGCCAGGCGCGAGCGGCUGCCUACCCGGCAUGUGAGUCAUUCCUGGGAAUGAGAGAGCCAGUUGCUCCGGUUGCUCCUGGCCAGGUGAAUCCUGCCUCUCUGAUCAGGUACCACAAAAAAAGGCGAUUGGAAGCACAGAAGCUUACUUCCAGAUAUGGUUUAUUUAACCACCUUAGCGCAAGAAAUACUCUCGUGACUGUUUUUAGUCUCAAGAUGCAUUUUGGAGGAGUCUGAGGCACGUCCGCGAUGCAGCUCAGAGACAAAUGGAGGGCGACAGCGGGGACAGAAUGUAACAGCGGUGCUGCCCACAGCAAGGCCUGGAGCUGUGGCUGCCAGAGGGACUCCUGAGCACCGCGGCCGACGACACACCACAAAUAAUGGGGUACAACCUGUCCUAUGGACCGCCACCAGAGGAGCACCUGAGCACAGUCGCCAGCGCCGCCCCCAACCGCUCUGUGGGCCCCCCCGGGAACGCCACACAAGAUGGGUUCACCACCAUCGUCCUUCCUGUGCUCUACCUGGUCAUCUUCCUGGCGAGCAUCCUGCUGAACGGCCUGGCGGUGUGGAUCUUCUUCCACAUCAGAAACAAAACGAGCUUUAUAUUUUACCUCAAGAACAUCGUGGUCGCAGACCUUCUCAUGACGCUGACGUUCCCAUUCAAGAUAAUCCAGGACUCCCAGCUGGGACCGUGGCACUUCAACUCGUUCCUGUGCCGAUACACAACAGUUCUGUUCUACGCCAACAUGUACACCACCAUUGUGUUCCUCGGGCUCAUCAGCAUCGACCGCUACCUGAAGGUUGUGAAGCCCUUUGGGGACUCCAGGAUGUACAGCAUCACCUUCACCAAGGUGCUCUCCGCCUGUGUCUGGGUGGUGAUGGCCUUCCUCGCCCUGCCCAACCUCAUCCUCACCAACGGCUACCCCACGAGGAGGAACAUCGACGACUGCAUCAAGCUGAAGACUCCCUUGGGAGUCAAGUGGCACACAGCCGUCAUUUACAUCAACACCUGCACCUUCAUGGUGGUGCUAAUAGUGCUCAUAGGGUGUUACAUUGCCAUAUCCAGGUACAUUUAUAAAUCGAGCAAACAGUUCAUUAGCUCGUCGAGCAGAAAGAGAAAGCAUAACCAAAGCAUCAGGGUUGUAGUGGCUGUGUUCUUCACCUGUUUCCUGCCGUACCACUUGUGCAGGAUACCCUUCACUUUCAGCCAUCUGGAUAAACUGCUGGACGACUCUGCACAUAAAAUCUUGUAUUACUGUAAGGAAAUGACACUGUUCCUGUCUGCAUGUAAUGUUUGUCUAGAUCCAAUCAUUUACUUUUUCAUGUGUAGAUCGUUCUCACGAAGGCUGUUCAGGAAAUCAAAUAUGAGAACCAGGAGUGAGAGCAUCAGGUCUCUGCAGAGUGUCAGGAGGUCCGAAGUGCGCAUCUACCACGAAUACACCGACGUCUGAGCUCCCCACACACGGACUGGUGCUCAUUGCUGAGGGUAUUUGUACAGCAUGUAAAUAAAACCUGUCUUUGGGUAUUGGACCACAGAAGUGCAUUGAGAACGUGCAGACAUGUACAGCUCUGCCAUUUCAGCUCACUAACAUCUACCUUAACUCAAAAUCAUAAAUACACACACAGACUGGGUUCACUUCAGAGGCAUUUGGGUAUGUUUUCUUUGUUGUUUUGCUUCUU